AUUGCUUGUUGUGGCCGGCAGUAUCGCGUAGACCAUGUUUGUGCAUAUGUAGUGUAGUGCCUUGUUGACUUCUACUGCAUGCAGCAGAAUUCAAUCUUGUUCAGCGUUUUCAUAAUCAUCAGUGCUGCAGAGCUACAACGAUUAGCUGCAGAGGACUUGGUUCGAGCAGCCGCGUAGAAUCCACAAGGCAUGAUAUGCAUGCCAAUUACAGUAUUCAGCAAUUGCAUCACUGAAGAUGAAAAUUAUUUCUCCAGUUUGAUCGUCUAGACUGUAAUCUGAUAAGUAUUUUCAAACAUACUUUUGGAGGUUUUGCCCAGAUUUUGAGUGUCGUAUGGAAGACAGCACAUGUUUAAUAGCGUUUCCAUGGAAGCAUCUUCAGUUUAUAGCACUGGUAUUUUUGUCUGAUUCAGCAUUGUUAAAGAAAGAAUCUCUCGCUGUCAAAGAUGCAUGUAAACUAUAACACACAGAAAUGUUGAACUGUGCUGUUGACAGAUUUUCUUCACGUAAUACAUUAUGCACCGUUCAUAACUGGACCCAGAUGUUUUUAUGACAUACAUGCAGUGUUUACGCGCAUUGAUAUCCAGUCAUGUCUUCCGGCGAUGGCCCUGUGAUGGGGAAGCCCCCAAUAGGAACACCAGGCAGCCGUAACAAAACUCCGUCCACCACACCUCGCUCUUCGGGGUCCACUCCUAGGCAAACUUCGGCAUCUGCUGGUCGAACAAGUAAUGGCCGGCCGGCUGUUCCUGGCCAGGUGACAAAAUCGGCGCGGCCAAACUCAGUCACCAAAGACACAGAGGCAACUCUGCGGAGAAAAAUUGAGAGAUUGAAAUCUGAGCUUGACUCUAGGACAUCUAAGCCGACAUCUAAGCCAGGGCAUCUAAAGAGUGCCGGUGACACCAAAUCUGUAUCUGCCAAUCGUGCCUCAUCCACAGCCCUCGUCAGAUCUACUCGUAACUCCAAGAACUCCCUCUCAAAAAGUCUCAGCUUUGAGGGUCCAGCCUCAGGAAGCAAAGACUCUACCAAAGUUCAGACUCCUCCAAACAGUCAGCCGAAGGCUAGCACUGCCAGGAGGUCCGGGGGUGGAUUGCCUGAAGCCAGACUAGCUAAAACGCUACCAGGGAGUAUUACAGACAGCAUUGGGGAUGGCAAAGGUGGAAAGCCAGCCCCCGCUCCAGUUCCGCGAGGCCUCCCUCGAAGCAACUCCAAGCCAGACCUCAAGAAGGGUACAAGUUCAAUCUCGGAUCCUCCGAAGAGCAGCAGUUCUGUGUCUGAACUACCAGACAGCCCCGCAUCAUCGCAGGGCACCAGUCUGAAGAGGACUAACACCUACUUGGUCAAGAAAGGGCAGCCAAGUGCAUCGACAAGGGUCCCAGUGAUCCAUGCCUUGCCAAAGGCUGAAAACGCAAAGACAGCUGUGGUGGAAAACACCUCACCAUGGCUCAGGAGAAAUGAAGGGGAUACCGUAUGUACCUCGGAGGAUCCCAAAGGAGAGCCACCACCUUGUCUCAAUAAGGGAAGCAAUGACAGGAGAAUUCCCAAAGCAGCUGCAUCAAUAUCAGAGUCGUCUUCAGUCAGUGAUGGAAUUGAGGUUUAUGGAAAAAUGAAUCCAGAUUAUGAACACCGAGAAAAAACCGUUUCUAAUGACAAGGUUGAUGUCACGGAUCAACCAGAGGAUUUAUCAUCGAUAGGAGAGGGCCCUGCACCAGAAAUUAAGGAGGGUUCAGAUAUUCUCCAAACCGAGGCACAUAUAAAAAGGGAAACGGGUUUCAAUGUAGAGGCUGGACGAACUCUUCAGGAGGAGGAAGAGCCACUUCAGCACGCAGAGAGGAAGGAAGAGGACAAUUUCAUGGCUGAGCUAAAAAAGUCACCAAAUUCUCAGGUAGAUGACCAACAGACCCAAGUAGAAACAACUCGUAGCAAAGGGGGGAAGGAAGAGCUUGAACAUUUGGUUGCUAGGCAACAGCAAGAAAUCACAACUCUGAGGAAAGAGAAUGAGCAUUUGCUGGAUCCAGAUGAGCAAUUUGCACUGUCACUUGCACCAUGUGUUGCUGGGGCAUCCGCCACCGCAUGCGUCACCCCAAGAGGCAUAGCACCACCCCUUUCCCUACCAGAAUCUCCUGACGCCCCUGACUCUGCCCAGUUACAGCUAGGGGCUGGCGGUCGUGCACCCAUGUUUGUUGCAGGGUCCAUUUCACAUUUGACAACUGUGGGUGAAGAUCAGGACAUAGCAGAUACACCCCCACCCGCAUCCCCACCAGACACUGCGGACUUCCACAUGAGUGUAUUGGGUAGCAAUACUGGAAAUAAGGAGCCACCUGCACCUGCUUUUGUUGAGGGUUCUAUCACAGCGUGUGAAAUCUUAAUUGAUGAUGAGUGCAGUAUCGGCAAUGUUCAAAACACAACGGUUGCUUAUGACUCCAGGAAGUUUGCAUCCCAACCUCCCCAAGUCACUUUUAAUGUGCCUAUUGAGACGGUUAUAAACCCGGGCGAGACUAUCCCGUCCCUGGCGCAUGAUUCUGUCAUGGUUUCCGCCCCGAGGCUGGAACCGAUUGACUUCCAAACCGAUGUUGAUGAUACAACUUUCAAGCCUCUAAACAGCGACAUGAGCAAUUUGGGGGUUAACAUGCCGCCACCCCUGUCUUUUCAAGACAGUGGAGAAGUCGCCGUCUCUCCUCAGUUUGAUGAGCUUGUCGAAAAUGCACAACUGCCUUUGUCCAUAGCUUUUGAGGGGUCUGCAGUGGAGUUUUGCACCCCAUCAGAUGCCCCUCUCAAAAGUGCAUCUUCUUCUGACUUGAAUGGUGGAGGGCCUGAGCUCUGCAAAUAUCCUGUUGAGAAUCUUGCUGCUGACGAAUUAGACCUCUCAAAAGUGCUGCUCACUGGCCAGAGUGAGAUUGCACCCCUGUCUGCACCUGUUCUUGGCACUGUUUCCCUCACUGUGUCUGACCAGAGUGAGUGUGAGAGUGAGCACAGUACUGCACAGCAAGAGGAAAUGCCCAGCCACCGGGGUAACUUAAAGAGGGCACCCACAUCCGCUCUUGGUUCUGCUGCGCAGUCCGUAAUAGGGUCCGGCACUGGUACGGGUGAUGGAAUGGACGAGAGAUCUCGACUGCAUGGCGGGCCAGCCUUGAGCAGGGAUGCACCACGGGAGCACCGCACGCGCCAGCAGGUGGAAGAGCUACAGAUGGAGCGCAAGCCCACCGAGGAACGCAUCGACAAGUUGAAGAAGCGCAACAUUGAGCUGUCCGUCAUGGCCAAGCGGCUGGAAGAGAAGGCCAAGCAGAUACAGAAGCAGAAGAAAGGAGACACGUCACCCACUCCAUCCAACGGUAGCCCCUCCCCUCUCCAGCAGACCUCCCCCACCGCCAAGCCCACCGAGGCGGCCGACUUCUACAAGCGGCUACUGGCCAAGCAACGGGCUCACUACCUGGCUGAGAAUGCCCAGAAACUGCUGGCCAAGGACAAGGAGAUCCGGGGGCUAAGGCAGGAACUGGACAGGCAGCGGCCAGGGGUCAGCCCCGAACCGGGACUCGAGCAGAACAGCCUCAUCAAUGCAGAAAAAAUGCACCUGGAGCAGAUCAUCAAGGGUAAUGCCAAAGAGCAGUUACGACUCCAAAGGCAGAUACAGCUAGCCUCCAGCGCACCGGAUGCCCAGACAAAUGGUCUAGGGAACAUCAGGUAUCAGACGAUCGAAGACGCCAACCGGGCCUUAAGAAUAAAGUGUGCCAAACUUGAGAAGUUUCGAGAGGAAAACACUCUUUCGGAGGUUGAGGUCACUCAGCAGAGACUAGCAUGCGAGAAUCUUGAGAAGGCUCUCUCUGAAGAAAGAAGAAAGUGUACUGAUGUGUCGACAGACUACCAGAAUGCACUAAUCCAGAACACAGCCUUAGCCAGGAAGAACGCGGAGCUACAGGAGAAAAUAAACCUUCUAGAACAUGUAAACAGAGAAUGCCAGAAACUGCGAGUGGAGGUGAAUGAGCAGCGUCAGCUCUUUGAGAACACUGCCCUCGAGCGAGACAUUCUUCACGAAAAAGUUGAGAAGCUGGAGAGAGACUUGUCGCUGAUGCAGGACGCGGAGGAGAAGCGUCGAGCUCUAGAACAGGAAUAUGAGCAGGCUAUCAGGGAGCUCAGGGAAAAACAGGAGGAGAUCAGAAGACUGCAACAGGAGCAGCAAGUGGCCAAGCGGGACCACCAUGACUCGGUCUCCCGGCUGGCAGCAAAGGUCAAGGACCUGGAGCGCAAGUGCGACGAGCAGAGCAGCAACUUUAGCCGGCUGUCCAACGAGCUGCUGGCCCUGCGCAAUGAGGCCGGUAGCCAGCUCUUCACCAUGACCGGGGCCGGAGCAGCUACUGCAGGGCCGGCUGACUCCACGGCCCAGCCUGUAGUGGGAGGGGUGGGUGUGGCCCCGUCCAGGAAGGGGACAGGGGACAAGGAGGACUGGCGGAAAAUCGCAGAGGAAGCAGUUGUCACCAGAGCGUCAGCAACCUCAGUGCAGGCCUCUCAGCGACUACCAUCAGAGCAGAGGAUCAGAAGUAACCUUUCCAAAGGCGGGUUGCCCGGCAGAGACGAGAGUGAACCAACCCUGGAGAAGCGAACAUCCUACCCAGCUUCAGGCGACACGGUCAGCCGAAAGAGUGACCACUCCAGGGGCAUCGAGAAUGGACAGCUGGACACCAGUGAUGCCGAGGACCUGAUGGAGGACCUGAGCGACCGGAUUGAUGCGGCCAUCUUGAAUCGGCUGAACCAAGCCUCGUCCAUCACCACUAUGGGCCCCAUCAGCAAGCUGGCGGUCUUUAUUGCAAGAUACAACUAUGACCCUUACCGCGAUUCACCAAAUGACAACCCAGAUGCGGAACUACCACUGACUGCAGGGGACUACAUAUACGUCUACGGUGAUCCGGAUGAGGAGUCAGAAUGGGAUGGUUUCUAUGAUGGCGAGCUGAUGAAUGGCCAAAGAGGAUUGGUGCCCAGCAAUUUCAUUGAAAGAGUUGCAGGUACGAGAGAUUUGAAUGAUAUCAGAGAGGAAGACAUUCCUGGUUUCAUGAACAACAAUGGAAUGGACAGCGAUGCUUCCAAACUGGACUCCACAGGCUCUUCGGUCAAAUACUCUCUAGAGGGCGCCCUUUCGGCACCGCCCAAACCUUCCCACGAGGCCUUGCUUUCCGACCCGCCCCUUGCCGUGGCCGGGAGUAGUAGUGCAGCUGCAGUAGGUGGUGUCGGGGCUCCAGACUUGGAUGACAUGAAGGACUUGGACUUCAACAGUGAGGAGGAGGACCUGAACCGUGGCAACCUGAACCACUUUGCUGGGGAGCUGCAGAGCUUCAGCCGUAGCAGUGAGCACCACAGCGACCUGGAGGACAUCCCGGAGGUGGAUGAGGACAAUGGGGUCAAAGGUCAGAGCAGGGCACUGGCCAGUGAGGAGGGACUGACCUCGCUCAGCGACAUUGCAGCUGACUAUGUGUUUGACGUCCCCUGUCCCAAGAAGCUUACCCUAGAGCGACAGCUCAAGAAUAGCAUCAUCAUCUCCUGGCUGCUGCCGGACACCAUCGCGCCCGCUGACGUCCAAGAGUACUGUGUCUACGUCAACGGCCAGUUCCGGACGGCCACCAAGUGGGACGCCAAGACCAGGGCACUGGUAGAGAACAUCAAGCCCCUGGAGACUUACCGGAUUUCGGUCCGGACUGUCACGUCCAAGGGCACGUCGGAGGACGCCGCCUGCACCAUCAUGAUCGGAAAGGAUGCAUGGGCUGCCCCGACCGAUUUGAAGGCAUCCAACGUCAGCCCAACCUCAGCUGACAUCAGCUGGUUGCCCGGCAACAGCAACCUGGCCCACCAGAUCACGGUCAACGGAAAAGAAGUGCAAACAGUCAAGCCCAGUGUCUACAGAUACACCUUAACAGGUCUUUCCCCACUCUCUGUCUACCGCAUCAGUGUCAAAGCCAAGAGUCGGAAAACAUCACAGGAUGUCAAAGAGAAGCUGGCCACUGAGAUAGAAUUCAAGACACUGCCUGGAGAGCCGAAACGCUCGAAAAAGAAAAAGAGGAGUUUGCCUUGUCUUCCUGAUGCCCCACUGGAUGUCCAAGUCAAAGCAGGAGCCUCACCUGCCAUUUGUGUGGUGGAAUGGCUACCAGUAACCAUAACAACGUCGGGGCUAUCUAAUGGUGCUGUGGUUACCGGUUACGCAGUGUAUGCCGAAGACACCAAAGUGGCUGAAAUCCACUCCCCCACAGCGGACAAAGUGUCGGUCAGCCUCAAUAAGCUGAAGCUUCUCGCUGCGCGGGACGUGGUGGUCAGAACCCUCUCCCCAAAUGGUUUCUCCAUCGACUCGGUGCCGGCCCGGAUACCACCUGUUCUCCUGGAGGAAAGGCGUGGUGAAGCCACACUCCGAGCAAUGGAGGCUAAGCUUUCUCCUCGGCGUAAUUCCCAUGGCGGACACCGCCUCACUAACUACCGCAGGAAGAGUAGGCGCAGAUAUUCCCAUCCGUCCACCAUGUACCACGGUGCGGAGGAGGAGGAUAGCUCCACCCACAGCUCUAGAUCGGAGGACUUACACCAUGCCCAUGACAGUGGCACCACGCUGACGAACACCAAACCACCAGCUGCAGCUAGCAGUGGCAAGGCCGUAGAGAAUGCCACAGGGAAAGAGGACCUGGUCAAGAAGGCUGAUGCGCGAGUCCCUCGGGAGGACUACACCUCAGAGAGCGAGCGCUCAGAGCUUUCGGACAUUGCCGAGGAGGCCGAGGAGGAGCUGUCGGACUUUGCCGAUGGGAGCCUGCCGGGCCUGAGCGAUGAGAGUGAAGCCAAGGCCCUGAAGAAGAUGAAGCGGAGGGAGGACGAGCAGAAGAAGGUGCAAGAGACUCUGAAGUACAACGCCAAGCCCGACAUUGAACUGGACACAGACCCCGAGCUGGAGAGCCUGAACAAAUCAGACAAGUGCCGGCCUAUCCAGGUCAUCCGCCAGCAGUGUGACUUUGAUAGGGAGGCGGAGCAGUCCCCCCACAACCAGGUCCUGGAGCCGGUGCCCAUCAAGCAGACCAGCCAGCCAGGCCAGGCUGUGCCGCAUAUCGAAAUCACCCAAGAUGAAGCCCGCAAAGCAGCUGCCUCUGAAAAGCGCUCGGAACCCACCGGUCAGCCGUCCCUCCCCCAACAGCCACUGGCCGCACCCGAUCCUAAGUCCCGCCCAUCAACGGAGCAGCCGCCCCGCCCCAGCUCCCCCCGCAAGAGCAGCCUCGGGGAAGACCUGCAGCCAGCAGGGCUGAUGAAGCCUUCAACCUAUAAAGACUACGAUGCCAAGUCCAACAAUGACAGACAACGAAAGCUGUCGAUGGACUCGCGCACGGACGAGACGGGGACCUAUGAGGACGAAGAGGACUACUCAGUGAGCGAGGGGCCCGAAGAACUGUUUGACGACAGCGUGAUACGCUUUUUUGUGGCGUUGUAUGAUUAUGACCCGACUGCCAUGUCCCCUAAUGUUGACGCAGUGGAUGAGGAACUCACCUUUAAGGAGGGAGACAUUAUCAAGGUGUUUGGGGACAAGGACGCUGACGGCUUCUACAUGGGAGAGCUGAAUAGCCAGCGCGGUUACGUCCCUUACAACAUGGUGGAGGAGGUGGAGGGACCGGAACAGACCCCCUUGAACCCACCCAAGAGGGCCAGCACGGCCACAUCGGGGGAUUCCCCGGACAGGGUGGGCUACACCAGCAGCCUAAAUACCACCACAAGCAGUCCAGCAGUGCAAUUACUCCACAGCCCCAUCAAUAGCUUUCGCAUUCCACCUGAUGCCAGGCCCCAGAAGAUGAGGGCGCUCUUUGACUACAACCCUCAGGAGCUGUCACCGAAUCCCGACGCCGAGGCAGAGCUGUACUUCCACCAGGGGGACAUCAUUGUUGUGUUUGGGGAGAUGGACAACGAUGGUUUCUACUUGGGUGAGCUCCAUGGUCAAAGGGGCCUGGUGCCUUCCAACUUCCUUGAAGCCAUCGGUGACACGCCCCGUCCCGAGUCUGUUCCCAGCCCCCAGCCCUACAGCACACCCACCCACCAGCCAUAUAGCCCCUCCCACCAGGCCUACAGCCCGUCCCCCAGUCGGGAGAGCCGAGGUAGUCGGGGCAGCAGGGGGAGCUACUCCUCGGUGAGAUCAGAUGACAGGCAGACACAGCUCCAGCAUACACGACAUCAGGAGAAUGGAGAGGCCCCAGUCAAAGGUCGGGAGGUGAGGUCUAACUCAGAUGUAGCCGACCAAUCAGGGGACAGCAUGGGAACUCCAGAGCACAUCAAAAAGAAGAAAGGUCUGCUGUCCAAGGGAAAGGCUCUCUUCAAGAAACUGGGUGGUGACAGCAAACAGAAGCACAAGUGAUGGCAUUGGAUCUGUCAUUUCAUUCUGUAUAAACUGCUCACUACUUCUGCCACCGAAAAACUGAAAAAGAAUCCCUACCAACCCUGGAGUCGAGGCAGGCAAAGGAGAGCAAGAAACUGAAAUGGAAGUGUGGGGUUUGUUGUGGUUUUCCUGCAAGGAAGCACAGUUAUAGCAUCAGAGAUGUCCAGUUUGUUUGCCAGGUUGUGCUGAGGAAGCUGAUGAAUGAUGCCUGCACCCGAGGAAGUAGAGGUUGUCUGCUACCGCUUUUGUCACCAAAACUUGUAGGGGUUGCUUGUACCUUCCUGCAAAGGGAGUGCAUCAGGCACAUCGAAAAAUAUGAAAGCUGUUCCACACGAAGGGUUGGAUGGCAACAAUGAGCAAAAACACAAAUAACAGAGUUUGGAUUCCUCAGCUGCCCUCUCAGAGACUCCUGCCUCAACUGCCAACAGCUUCCUUCCAAAACAGGGAGCCAGGCACCAGAAGGUGAAGUAACAUAAAAGUGGAGGGUUUGUAUGAGAAGCAAGGUCUUGUCAAAAAAGUGGCGGUAUAGGCAAGGAGUGUGUAGGUUGCAAUGGCAGUUGCUCAAUCUACCACCAGAAUUUGCCGUCUGAAGCAGGAAAGUUAGCCCCAACUGAGAGGGGAGACGCUGGUGCUGUGAUACUGGGGAUCAGAAACCCGUCUGUCUGUUACUAGAUGCAAGUAGGUUUACCUGUUUACAAAUGGUGCUGAGUAACUUUCCAGACUUUGAAAGUUCUGAAAUGUAAGAGUUGAAAAUGUCUGCUCAUCACAAGAGGUUUAAAGGCUUGUUGAUCGCAAACAGAAGAUGUGGUUUUGAUGUGUUGCAUAAAAAAAUGGAGAUGUUUUGGCAUACAACCUAAUUUUUCAAAUUUUGUAUUGAUUUCUGUUCAUUUACCCACGGAUUUGUCACCACUUACAUGAUGAUUUUAAGUGACAAUGGCAAAAUGUUCAGUUUUAGAGGAUGGAGGAAAACUCGGAUAAAUUAUCCAGGUAAAACCAUGGGAUCAUGAGGGGACUAAAAACUCAUCAUCCUGGGUGGGAUUCGAGCCCCGGCUGCAGAGGUGGAAGGCAAGGGAAGAGCGACUACGACCUCACUCUUGUAGUUUACCUGUCCCGCCAUCUUUUCAGGAAAUUUCACUCCAUUCCAACACAUUUCGGUUUGGGUCUUUAAUUCUUGUGCGGCAACUCUGGAAUGUACCUGUAGUUUGAUGCUGCCUUGCCCACGCAUUCAAUAACUUAAUACCGCUCCAGAGAUCAAGAUAGUUGUUGAGAUGGUGGGGGGGCAAAAUUUGUUGCAGUCAUUCGUCGUUCUAUUCAUUCAUCUGGAAUCGAUCUGAGCAUUCAUUUAACCCUCCUAUGUUAAAGUCACACUUUGGGUCAGUUGGUAAACAGCAAAAAGAUGCACAGCUGUGUCACA